UGCGACGUUGCCCAGCGCAACGUUUACCGAUCCGAGGCGACUGAUAUGUAAACGUCAAGCUAGACCUUCAUAUUUUCAAACAACGGGGCAAUCAAACUCAAGUCUUUACAUUUAAUUUAAAGGUAGUCAAUGCCAAAAAUYAGUAGUGACACGCUAUGGGAGUUGGCCUCUGCGGAGGUUCAGAGUCGGGAGGACCGGACAGGAGGGGAGGAGGAUGGCGGAGUUGAUCCAGGGUCACUCAACGAGAGAACCGUGUUCUUCAUUGGGAAUAAAGCAGGGGGUAAAACUACAAUUUUGCUCCGGUGCCUCGACAGGGAUGAACCUCCUAAACCAACUCUAGCGUUGGAGUACACCUUUGGUAGACGGGCGCGAGGACACAACACUCCCAAAGACAUAGCUCACCUGUGGGAGCUGGGAGGAGGUACCUCCCUGUCAGACCUGGUUCAGAUCCCCAUCACUGCUCAGAAUGUUAGGUCUCUGUCUGUGGUGCUGGUUCUGGACCUGUCCAAGCCCAAUGCUCUAUGGGGAACCAUGGAGAGGCUGCUUCAGACAACACGGACCCAGGUGGAGAAAGCUUGCUCCAAGCCACAAAGGACACUAGAGUCCAAAGCUGGGUCCAAGCAGCAGGCCCAGAACAGACCCCUAAUGGUCCUCCCUAAAGACCACCCGGACAGAGAGCUGAUCAACCCCUUCCCUGUUCCACUGCUGAUUAUUGGCAGCAAGUUUGAUAUAUUUCAGGACUUUGACUCGGAGAAGAGGAAAGUGAUCUGCAAGACCCUUCGGUUUAUUUCUCAUUACUACGCAGCUUCUUUAAUUUUUACCAGCAGCAAGUCUGAGAGCUUGAUGUCCAAAACUAAGAGCUUAUUCACACAACUAGGAUUCGGGACAGAGAAGGGGAAAUCUAUGUCCUCUGACCUCAGUAAGCCUCUAAUCAUUCCUGCUGGGAUGGACUCUCUCAGCCAGAUAGGUUCUCCCCCAACCACAGAUGUGGACAUUGGGACUCUUCAUGCUAAAAACCCUCUAGAUCUGUGGAAGAAAGUGUUUGAGGUCGUUUUCCCUCCUGAGAACACCAGUGACCACCACAGAGAGCUGAAGGACCCAGCAAAGGACCCCCAGUAUAGUGAGCCCCAGAUUGACUCCAUGAGGGCCCAGAAAGACACGGAACUGGAUCAGUACAAGAGAAACGCGUCCAAGUCUUGGAAAGGCCUGGAACUGGAGACCUAAUUUAAUGGACUCAUCAGCUCUCUCAUCCAAUGAGAUCAAAACAACAGAAUGUUCUAAAGCAACGGCAGACUUCAGCCAUGGCAGAUACCUAUCCAGUCUUUUAAUAAACUGUACAGACUUCAGCCAUGGCAGAUACCUAUCCAGUCUUUUAAUAAACUGUACAGACUUCAGCCAUGGCAGAUACCUAUCCAGUCUUUAAUAAACUGUACAGACUUCAGCCAUAAGGGAUAGGCAGAUACCUAUCCAGUCUUUUAAUAAACUGUACAGACUUCAUUAUCAUA